UGCAGACAAUCAGGCGGCGUCAAGUGACACGGAUCGCGACAGGCGACCGAUCGUCAGACGCCAUUCUCCGGCGCAGGCAAUGCGAAGCCAGGCCACCGCCGCGGUCUUGUCUCUGCUGAGCCUCGGCUGCCUCUUUGCCGCGACGCUGUCCCCGACGUGGCUCGCCCAGUCGUUCGAGUCGCCUGCCAACGUCCGCGUCCACCAAGGCUUCGGGCUCUUUGGCUUUUCGUCGACCGUCGAGAACGCGCCACAGCUCACGACGCCGUUCCUGGCCUCGACCACCUACGUUAGCUACGGCGCGCUAUGCGCCACCGACUUUGCCGCGCCCAACUGGAUGUACGGCACGCUGCGCGACUACCAGAGCAAGCUCUGCGACGUCGCGUGGACUUUAACGCACGUCCUGCACGGUUUGACGCUCGCGUUAAACCUGGUGGCGCUGACGUUUAAUCUGCGCACGCUCCACACGCUCGAGUGGACGGCGGCCGAGACGAUCGCGGGCCUCAGCACGAUGGCCAACGGCUUCUUGCAGCUCUGCGUUCUGAUGCUCUGGAGCCUCCAGCUCAAGCCCAGCAUCAGCGACAUUGGCCUUGUGCACGCGCAGCUUGUGGCGUGCGCGACGUGGCGCAAUUGGAGCUGCUGGGGCUUUGGCCCGAGCUUCUACCUCGCGGCCUCGGCCGUCCUCUGGACACUCCUCACCUUCUCUGCGAUCUCGUCCGGGCGACGCCACAAGAUCCGUCGCCAGCGCAAGGAAGCCGUGCGCCGGCUGCUCGACGCGCCGCAAAGCCCCGUGGCGUCAAGCUACCGCGAGCCUCGCGACUGAGCAUCGUUU